CUAGAGUAACGCCUUGGAAGAAAUGCUCCAUGUAUAACCUUCAAUCCUUCUUCUAUCUGUACUUCUUCCUCAUCUGUUACUAAUAGAAGAGUAUGUUUGUUAUGUUUCAAUAAUAAAGCACAUAAAAGUGCAAAAAAACACAAUAGAGGGACAUAAUUAUUAACUUACAGUAAAAUGCUAAAAUAUGAUAAAUAGUAAUACAAAUAAUUAUUAGGCGAAAUUGAGGUAGGAUGGUUCAAAAUUAGUACAAGACAGAGCGAGACAAGUUGAAAAUAAUAUUUAUGCCUCGUCUCAUGCUACUACGACUUGAUAAUAACCUCCUCAUCGUGAACCAAGUCGAGUUCCUAACAAGAAGGAUUCAUAUUGGCACACCCGUGUUGGAGCCCCAAAGUGAAAAUAUGAGAUAGUGGUUUUUAUAAGGAAUUUCGUAGAGAGUAUUGCAGACAAAGAUAAUCAACAUGGUGUUUGCCUAGGUGAUUGAUAUUAUAGAACUUCAUUGGAUGAGAAUGAUCAGCAACACAAAAUCGAUGUUGCCCCUAUCUGCCUAUUUUCUCUCCUUCUCAUUGCUUCUUUUCUCUUCUCUUCUCAGGGUAAUGUCACAUGUGGUAGAUGACAUAGUAAGGCCGUGAUAGAAACCCCAUGACUUUUUUUGAUUUUUUUUCUCUCCAUCAAAGCGGUCAGCCCACCUUCCUUCUCAUACUUGCCACUUCUAUAUCUUAUUUGGUCUAAUCUCACCAACUAACAUCUAGGUGGAAACUACGACGUCUAACUUUAAAGUAUUUCUGCAAAAGAUGUCAAGAAAAGCAAUGUGAAGUUUUCAUAGUACUAAGUUUAGGUGGAAUGUUACUUGAACGAUAAACUAAUCAACAACUCUUUUACUUUGGGUAAAUGUCACGUUUGAUCACUGGGAUUACUAAAACGUGUCAUGUUUAGUCACUGAAAAAUUUUAAUAUCAAUAUUGGUCAUUCGAAUUAGUAAAACUGUCCAUGUUUAGUCACUCUCCGUUAGUUUCCGUUAACACCGUCGGUCAAUUGCUUAUGUGGCUAACUGAAGUGCUGAUUCACCUUUUUUUAACCCAUCAAUCACCAAACCCGACUCGCUAGGUCACUCAACCCAACCAAAACAGAUCAUGAUCUUGACCCUUUCCGCCUCUCUCAUCCUUCUCUUCUGCCUACUCCACCUUUUGCUUCUCCCUCUCUUCCUCCAUCGAAGAAACCUGAAAUUGAAGAACCCGGAAUUCGAUUUGCCUCCUCGAAUGUCGUUCUCGAGGUACCCAGCUGCCGCAUCUGCUUCAUGGAGCUACAUAUAUCCUCCAAGCGUCGCCGAAGGCAGUCGUGGAGGGUGGAGACAGCGCGGCGGUUGGAGCUAUCGGUGCUCGAGGUUGACACCACAGCCGCUGGGUGGAAUUUCAUUGGGAAUGGGUUUUGCUAUAGCUUUGAAGAUCCAGCUGAUUUGUCGUCUUUUUCUUCCGCUUCUCUACGAUGGCUAGGGAUGCGGAGAUUUGAGAUAUGCUACUCUUCCUCACGGCUAUCGUUUCCUAUUCUCCUCGUCUCUCUGCUUCUUUUGGGUUGCUGUGAAGGUUUUUCGAUAUGAAAAAAAUGAAAAGAUGGUGAUAAUUUUCUGUGGUUGGCGAGUGGAUUUGUAAUUUGGGUGGUGAAAAUGAAUUGGGCAGAUCUAG